GUGUCCGAGUACCCGGAGGUGACGGUGUGUCUCCGCGCGCGGCCCUCCACGCUCAUGAGCUACGAGAGCCACAUCUCCAUCGCCACCUCCGACCAGGACAACGACGUCCUGCACAUGUACCGUCGCGGCGAGAACCACGGCUUCUACUACAACGGCGUGCGUCAGUACGGCUUCCUGGACAUGACCAACGACAUCGGCCUCCACCAGUGGAGCCACUACUGCCACAAUUUCCACAACGGCGAGUACCGGGCCUACAUCCACGGCAAGCUGGAGGCCAAGGGGCCCUUCAGCGUGCCCCACAAGGUUCCUCUGCCCGUCAAGGGCAUCAUCACCAUCGGCCAGGAGCAGGACCUGCUGGCCGGCGCCUACGACACCGACCAGAGCUUCCGGGGUCACAUAGCGCAGGUCAACAUCUGGAACCGAUCGCUGACGCCCGACGAGGUCAGAGUGCAGGCCUCGUGCGGGCCGGCGCCGCUGGGCAACAUCUUCUCCACGGACAGGGAGGACAUCGAGCUGCUCGGGGGGGCCACGGUGGAGCUGGUCGAGCCGUCGUACUUCUGCGAGAAGGCGGUGGAGUACGUGAUCUUCCCCGAGGCCAGGGAGAUGGCCGACUCCAGGCUCACCUGCAACCGCGUCGGCUACGAAGUGUACACGCCCAAGGACGCCGCGGACAACCACGAGCUGCACCAGCAGUCGCUCAACUUCGCCGAGGAGUGUCUGUCCAACUACCACCUGUGGAUCGGGGUCACGGACGAGGAGGAGGAGGACGUGUGGAGGAAAUUCACCGACAACUCCGUGGCGCAGACGCAGUUCGAGCUCAACGAGCCCAACGGCGGCACGGGCGAGAACUGCAUGCUCAUGUUCCUGCCCAACGGCCGCUGGGUGGACACCUCGUGCGUGAUCAAGUGGCCCGCGUGCGUGCCCUGCGAGGUGGACCGCAGGAAGCCGCUGCGCCUCAGGGGCUUCUGCUACACCAACGAGGCGGAGACGUACUACGAGGUGCUGGGCUACAAGCGGGAUAAGCCCUACCUGCACGGCUACUACGGCUACAUGGUGUACAAGAGCGGCCCCUACGACUGGGAGAUGUACGACACGGCGGAGGAGGAGCUGGUUGCCGUGCUCAAAGUGCCGUCCAAAGACACGUACCCGAUCGGUCGACACUCCUGGAAGCUGAAGAGGUCCAUGUGUAACUAUCUGAUAGAUUCCGACAUCCGUCUCAGUUUCUCCAUCUGCAACAACAACCAAUUCACAUGUACGAAUGGCGAUUGCAUUCCUAAAGCAAAACGAUGCGACACAAAGGACGACUGUGUGGACCUGUCAGACGAGGAGGACUGCCAGGUGAUCAUCCUGCCGAAGGGAUACCGGGAGGAACGCCCCCCAGAUAACGCGACUGAAGGACAGUCGAUUUUCUUGGGAGCCACUGUUGACGUCCUCAGGUUUAUGGAAAUCAGCGACAUCCAGAGAAUCUUAAACGUGGAAUUCGUGGUGGAACUGACCUGGAAUGACCCCCGACCCACCUACUACAACCUGGGCGACACGCUGGAGUGGAAUAAGCUAGCAGAAGAGGACAAAGAACUCCUGUGGAAACCCGGCAUCAGUUUCCCCAACAUCUACAACGGGAACAUCAAGCAGCUGAACGAGGAGCAGUACCUCAACAAGAUCGGCUUCCCGCUUCCGCCAGACUUCAACGACUUCAGGAUGGACACGGAAUAUGACGGAAGUUCGGCUGACAUCGUCCUUCGUCAGCACUACAGCGGUGUGUUUGGCUGCACCUUCCAGCUCUUUUACUACCCCUUCGACGUGCAACACUGCUACCUGAUGCUGCAACUCAGCGUACGGAAGGAGCUCGUGGAAUUCUCGAGCGAUCGCGCCCACGUGGUGUACCAGGAGGACCCGAAACUCCCCGCCUUCGUUCUGAGCAGCUACGAUAUCGGCGUGACUGAGGGAGGCGACGACGAGACACGUUACAGCGUGUUGAAGGUGGAUUUCGAACUGAAGCGGAGAUGGACGAUGAUUUUCCUGUCAGUGUACUUGCCCACAACCAUGUUACAGCUAGUGGGCUACACCACGCUCUAUGUCAAUAUUUCUCUAAUGGACGUCCGCAUGGCUGUCAGCCUGACGACGCUGCUGGUGCUGUACACGCUCUACGGAAAUGCCUCAGACGCUCUUCCGGCCACCGCCUACGUCAAGAUGAUCGACGUGUGGUUCUUCUUCUGCAUCUUCUUGCUCUUCUUCGUCAUCGUCACCCACGUCAUCGCGGAGCAUCUGGUCAACAUGGCCGGGGUGACACUCGACUAUCCCUUAUCGGUAAGGAGGAACAAGAUGAGCGCGCGCCCAACCUCUCCCGUGGCUGACAGAAUUAUCAUAAUGGCGAGGACUUACCUGAUUCCUAUGGUCAUCAUCCUCUUCAACUGCAUCUACUGGGGCAUCAUAUUUGGCACCGAAUAAUAACCGAUCUCAUUCACCCCUGACUGAUUAGCGUAAUUUCACACGUAAGGGUGAGCAACGAAUUUUAUCUAGGGGCCCUGUCUAUAUAGAACUUCAAUGCAUGUUGUUUUCCACAUUCACUAUGUGUAGACGGAGAAAUAAAAUUUAUAUAUAGACGUAUAAGUAUGUGUUAUUUGGGUCAUGUAUCCAUUAUUUUUUUCAAUGAUGCUUAGGAAAACACUUAUUAAGAUCUAAA